AUCAGUUGCCUCCAGCAGGUUGUGCCUUUCGGUUCUCAAUUUUUUCUUAUUAUAUGGCUACAAUAUAAAAGUAUAAUACAAUGAAGUUAUCAGAUAUUGUUCAGUUGAAGAGAUUCUGGCUUGUUCUGGGAUUAUUCGCUGUAAUCCUCUUCGGGACAGUUGCGGUAUACUCCAAAAAUGCCCACAGCGACAUUUUCCCGGAAGAUUUCCUCUUUGGCUCAGCUUCGGCGGCUUAUCAAAUUGAGGGUAAUUCAAAGGCCGAUGGGAAAGGUCCGAGUAUUUGGGAUGAUUUAGUGGAGAAUAAUUUGAGUCUCGUAGCAGACCAUCGAAGUCCAGACACAGGACCUGAUUCAUAUAAAUUCUACAAGGAUGACGUGAGAGUUCUCAAGGAAAUGAGAAUGCAGCUCUACCGCUUCUCCAUUGGAUGGUCAAGAAUAAUGCCAAAUGGCGAUUUGUCAUCUCUCAACGAAGCAGGACUGCAGUACUAUGACAAUCUUAUUAAUGAACUUCUCGCCAACAACAUCAUCCCCAUGGUCACGAUGUACCACUGGGAUCAUCCGAGAGAAAUUCAGAAACUCGGUGGGCCACUCAAUCCACUCUUUGUGGACUUUUUCCGAGAAUAUGCAAGAGUGUUGUUUACGAGGUACGGUGAUAGGGUAAAGUACUGGAUAACUAUCAAUGAGCCGAGUAUUUUCUGCACGUACGCCUAUACUUCGGAAAAUUGGGGGGCGGGUAUUAAUGUAACCGGAGGGGAGUAUUAUUGUGCACACCAUUUACUCAUAGCUCAUGCCACAGUUUACCGAAUGUAUCAGAAGGAAUUCUACUCAAGACAGGGUGGGAAGGUGGGGUUGAGUCUCCAUUCUCGCGGAUACCUCCCAAAAGAUCCCAACAAUCCAUCUGAUAGAGAAGCAGCCAAAAUUGGCUAUCUCACAGAUCUUGGCUGGACAGCCCAUCCCGUAUUUUCCUUAGAAGGUGGAUACUCGUCUGUUUUAGUGAAGUUUGUCGGGGAGAAGAGUAAAAAAGAAGGACGUGCCUGGUCGAGAUUACCUCACAUGAAUCCCGAUACGGUGAAACUGCUUCGUGGUUCUGCAGACUUCCUCGGAUUGAACUACUACACAAGUCGUCUUACGGAAAUGGAUCCAAAUCCCUUCAAUGGUGUUGCAUUUGUGCUAAAUGACACGCGAAUUAUUCAAACUGAAGCUCCCCACUGGCGUCAAGCUAAAUCCGAAUGGCUUUUCUCGGCUCCCGAGGGAUUUAGGGAACUCCUCAGGUGGAUUAAGAAAGAAUACAACAAUCCCGACGUGAUAAUUACGGAAAAUGGCUGGUCGGACAAUGGAGAACUCGACGAUGUGGAUCGCAUUGACUACUUAAGGAAGCACUUGACCGAAAUUCUGGGAGCAAUUAACGAAGAUGGGUGCAAUGUGAAGGGCCACACAACUUGGAGUAUCUUGGAUAAUUUUGAGUGGAUGCAGGGAUUUACGGAGAAAUUUGGCAUUGUCAGCUGGGAUGAGGAUUCCCCCACGAAGGAGAGAAGACCCAAAAGAAGCGCCUCGUUCCUUCGGCAGGUCAUCACAACUCGACAGAUUCCACCAACACAAUAAUUCAAUUUAUGUACAUGAUGAACGAAUGAAUAAAUUGCUGUUAAACCUC